UUUCUGUGGAUUUCAGGGACAACUUUUCGGCAAAUGGAUCGUUCGUAAAAUUUAUGCUUGAAUAAGUGUAUCCUGUCAAAUGAGCCAGCGUGAUGGUGCUGGUGGAAUUGUUGGGAUCGCUGUCGCGUCACUCCGCGUUUUCGCUUCGGAAAGUGUUGCUUGAAACUCAGACUGCUGCCACUGUUUGUGUUCAGUCCAGACAAAAAUGGGAAACUAGUGCAAUAGACGUCCCGAAUCCUCCUGGAGGUAAAGGGGGAAGAUAUCCUCAAGGAAAACCUGCCCCUAGCAGGCAGUACUGGUAUAAUGUUCAUUUCCCGGAGGACGGAAAAUACACCAUUGAUCCCCUGCCUGUUACCAAGCUUGCUGGUCGUGAUCCUGUGACAGGCCGAGUUGUGGUUGGAACAAGAGGAGGAGGCUUCAAAUUUAAAUUCCGCUGGCUAGACAACAAAUUUCCGCAGCCCGAACCUGGGAAAACUGGCCCUGUGGAAGAAAAGGUGAUCUAUGUGAAGAAAGAUCCAACUCAUACAGGAUUUGUUGCUUUAUUUGCCCGUGGAAACUAUUUGCGUUACAUGGUCGCAACGGAGUUCAUGAAGGCUGGCGAUGUAAUACAAACACACUGGGAUAUCCCGAAAAUUCCAGUGAGGCCAAAAGAUGGUGACGCCCAUCCACUAGGGGCCCUUCCGGUCGGUACGCAAAUUUGCAACAUUGAAGUGUAUCCUGGAUUCGGUGCCUAUUUUUGCCGAGCAGCCGGGACGUCUGCCACUAUCAUAAAAAAAGUUGGAGAUCGAGUUUUCGUCAAGAUGCCUAAUAAGAAAGAAUAUUCUUUCGAUGAACGAGUUAUGGCGUACGUAGGUCGGAUCUCCAAUCCCGGUCACAAGGAUGAGCACAUCGGCAGUCCAAAUCGUUUGAGGUGGCUCGGUUAUAGGCCGAGGUCUGGACUGUGGCAUCGGAAAGACGGGUAUUGCGGGCGGAAAAUCCGACCGCUUCCUCCCGUGAAGGCGUAUAACAAGAAAGAAAAUGAAUCAACCGAUGAAUUGAUCAGAUUCACUGUAAAUCUGAAAGGCCCGCGAGUGCGAAACUACAGAGGUGCUUGGCAGAUAUAGGCGUAAAUCUGUUAUUGAAUCAUUCGAAUAGGUUUCUGAUGUGAAAUGAAUGCUGUCGUAAAUGGAAACGUUUUUUUCUCUUUUCGAGCUUAUACCCCGAGAAAAGUUGUGUCUUCGAAAAUUCGAAGGCGACGCGGAAAAAAAUACUGCGGUCCGGAAUACGUAACAAGGUGAGGGGUGACGUGUGUGUCGCAUUCUCACUGAAUACAGUAUCCUGGUUUCUCUUGAGAUAUACGGUAACUACAAUAAAUUUGUUACGACGUGUUGCUUGUCGCAUUUGGACCUUGAGAAACGGAAAAUUUCAAGUUUUGCUUGUGUGGNAAACUGACUGAAGCGUAGUGUGGUUGUUAGUUGAUGAACGCUCGUGGAUUAUAAUUUUUUCUGGAGAGAGCCAAUCAAUCGAGUACUUAGUUUUUUGUGCGUGUGAGAAACAGACUUUUUUAACUGGCCAACUUGAAGCGCGGAGAAAGUCAACGAAAUGGUUGGCUGUUCACUCUGCGGAAUUAACGCACGAAUGUUGUGAACA